AAUAACUUGCAUGUAUCAUGUUUUCUAAUACCAAGAAUUGUAUUUUUAUUACACAUUUACACAAGAAAAACUACCUACAACACAGAAAAAAGUAGGACUCUUGCUACGACUCUAGACGAGAUUGGCUGAGUGGGAGAUGCCGCUCUGCUCUCCACCAUGGCAAACCCUAGAAGGACCAGCCUCCAGCUCCAGCAACAAAACCCCACCCUCCCAUUCUCCGACCCUCCGCCGUCACCGCCACCGCCGCCCUGCUCCUCCACCCUCUCCGCCGUCGCCGUCUUCCUCAAGCGGCCACAGGCCUUUCCCAUCCUCCUCUCCGUCUUCGUCCUCCUCACCUGGCUCUCCCUCCGCCUCCAAAGCCCCGGCGGCGGCGCGUUCCGCCUUCGCUCCCACGCCUCUCCCUCCCAGGCCCAGGGGCAGGGGAGCGAUAUCGAUGCCAAUCUGGUGAGGUUCAGUGCCGUGGAGUUCCCUUCUCAGAUCGCCAGGGACUGGAGAGGGUGGCUUCUCGACCCCGUCACUGUGGCCAGGGAGGCCGGGAUCCAUGGGGGUGCGUUAGAUUGUGCUUCAGUGCAUGUGGGACAGAUCCGACCUGGUGGUUUGAGGGGCAACCACCGGCAUAACAGCUGCAAUGAGACCUUUGUAAUUUGGGGAGCUGAGACAAUGUUUAGAUUGGAAAAUGCUCGCAUGGAAGAUAAGGGCUAUGCAGAAGUCAGUAUUGGGGUUGAUGAGGUUGCCGUUGCUGUGAGUCCCAGUGGAACUGCUCAUGCACUUAUUAAUGUAGACCGUGUGCGGUCUACCUUUUUCUUGGGAUGUCAGGGCUGUCUGAACAACACCACCUCGACUACUGAUGAUAAUGUUUGGAAAGAUCUUUGAUGGAGCCCUGACAUUCUGAAGUAUGAGAUACGACAAACCGGACCUCAAUUGGAAGGGGCUGAAUUGAAGGAAUUGUUCUCUCCAAGCAUGUGAUUGCUUAUACCAUCUUCUUCUGGUGAUCAAUGCAUUUGAUAGUAACAUGGUUUUUUCAUCUCUUGCGCUCAAGUAUUACCAUGAUGGUCUCCGGGUCAUCAUUACAUGUACAGUUGUAGAGCUACUUAGAGGUUCCAUUAGUUGUUUUAUGAUCUUUUGAAGGAAUUGUUCUCUCCAAGCAGGUGAUUGCUUAUACCAUCUUCUUCUGGUGAUCAAUGCAUUUGAUAGGAACAUGGUUUUUUCAUCUCUUGUGCAUAAGUGAAGUAUUACCAUGAUUUUCUCCGGGUCAUCAUUACAUGUACAGUUGUAGAGCUAGUUAGAGGUUCCAUUAAUGGUUUUAUGAUCUUAUAUACUUGAUUUAUGUAACAUGACGCUGGUGUUGAAAACGGUUACCAUACCUGUAUGCAGUUCUCUAUUUACUUCUGCAAGGAAAACAGUUUUUUCCUUGGGUGAA